CUGCAUAAAUAGAUCAUUGCCAACUAAACGCAUUCAAUAAUGCAAAUGGAACACCAGCCUAAACGCGUUCAACGUGCUUCCUUUAUAACAGACAACCUUAUGAAAUCUAUCUUAUCGAAGCUUGCAGCUGAAGAUAUUGCGAUGCAUUCCAUUUAUUACAAUCUACUUAUAGAAGAUUCCGAAGAAGAAGAGUUGUUUACAUCAGAUGCCUACUUGCACCUUAAAGAAAUGCUUCUCUGCUCGCUGCAGCAGGAUGAAAAGGCAACUUGGUCAGGAGCACUUUCUCGACCGUAUUUUCGGGCAUUGGUCGAUAACAUGAAUGUGUGCUAUGGUUCAAAAGGGAAAAUACCGGACGAAAUGCGAACGUCCCCCUUUGAAACUUUGAAUAUUACUAACUCUCAUCGAAUAUUUGAACUUGAGGAAGGGCUGAAAAAAAUGUUUUCAACUAUCGACAGCCUACCCCCAACGACAUUAGAACUUUACUAUCACUAAGGACUACGGAGGGAAGCAGUACGCUAGAAGUCAUGCCGCCUUCCUUACAGCAGUGUAUGGCCUCUUUUACGCAU